GGCAUAAUAAAGCCUGCGGAAAGUGGGAGAUAUCAUCAUCAUCAUCAUAUCAAAAACCUAACUCCCAACCUACAGUUCAACCUCACAAUUUAAUCACCGUUUUAAUGAAACCCAACCAACUUCUCCCUAUUGGUAGUGGACCGUUGCGGCAUUCCGACAAACACCUACAGCUCUUUCUUUGCCCCACACACCACACUCACACUGCUCCUUCAUCCACCUUUAAUUUCCCCUCUUCUCUGUUCGCCCAAAACAGAGCACUUAAAAAAAAUGGAGAAUCAAAUCUUGAGCAUCGUCGCCGGAGGAGUCGCUUGCUGGACGGCGGCAUUCAUCUUGGCCAGGAACAUGUUCCCCAAGCGCUCCUUGGAGUUCUGCAACCGCUUGGUCUCGACAUUGCACGCCAUUUUGGGUGUCACUUUAGCUUCGCUGACGGUAGCUGAUUGGCGCCGCCCGGUUUCCCCAGUGGCUGCGGAUUCUUCCCCGCGCCAGAUGCAGACGCUGGCGGUGAGCCUCUCGUACAUGAUUUACGAUCUGGGUUGCUGUAUGUUCGAGAGGAGGGUGGAUAUGGCGAAUGCGGUUCACCAUUUGGUCAGCAUUGUUGGAAUUGGAGCUGGGCUUGCUUAUCAGAAGUGUGGGACAGAGAUGGUGGCUGCUUUGUGGGUGACUGAGAUUUCGAGUCCUUUUCUUCACUUGAGAGAGCUGCUCAAGGAGCUUGGUUACAGAGACACCCAAUUCAACUUUGCAGCUGAUAUUGCUUUUGCUGCGAUUUUCUCAUUUGCAAGAAUGGGGUGUGGGCCUUAUCUCACUUAUGUGGUUCUGGCUGCCAACAAUCCACUCAUUAUUAAGGCAAUGGGAUUGGGGCUACAACUGGUCAGUGCAUUCUGGUUCUACAAAAUUGUUAGGAUGGUGAGAUACAAGGUUACCAAAUGGACUUCUACUUCUACUUCUGCCACAAAAAAGGCAAUUUGAACUCAAGUGCAGUAGGCUAGUUCCAUUUCUAUCUAUGUACAAACAACAUAGCCAUUAUCUAUUGUGUAAGUGAAGAAUUGGUUACAACAACAAGAUACAAAAGAAGUCCCCUUCUUCAAUGGACAAGGCUCGGACGAACACUUUAACUUGGUUACAAAUUACUAGUCAGUACUAUUUUCUGCUCUUUUCCAAAAUAUGCGUCAUAGUGGGCACUCGAUUCCAACUUCUUGCCCUCGUUAAGAUUCCACACAACCUAAAAGAUCAAAUGGAUGAGUAAUGUGAUCAUGAAUUUGACCGUGGGCUCGCAAUGGAAUGAGG